AAUCUCUACUGGGCAGAUGAUUCAUUCGUAGACACGGUGCCGCGGUUCCAUGGAACAACAAAAGCGGCAAUACAGCGCGAUAUAUUCACGAAUUCGCUCCACGCAUCCUCUUAAGUUCACAAAGACCUUAUAAUCUACCACUCCUAAUUAAGGUUACCCAUCCGAAUAUUGUCUGCAAGAUUCAUUGCACCCUCAGCCACUAUGAUCACCAAACAGCACUCCCACCGCAACGAUAGCACAAUCUUCGUCAUCGUAGCAUGCGUAUUCUCCGCCAUCGGCAUAUUGUUCGUCAUCACGCUUCUUGCGCAUCUCUUGAAGUGGCUUUUCCGCAGACAAGCCGAAGAUCUCGAAGAGGGCGACCUUUACCACUGCUUUGAAGACACACGGGCUACAUACGGCACCUUCACACCGGCUGCCCAUGACUCUCUUCUCCAAGAUCCAGAUGUAAGGAGAAUGCUGAGGCACGAGCGAACUCGCAACAAUAUUUCUGGUUUUUACCAGAUAUCGGUGCGUAGACUUGACGAGGACGAGGACUCCCUCUCGAGCGACAGUUCGGAUUCAGGGGAUGAAGGUACAUUCGAGUACGACAGAAGAGAGGAAACGGAGAACGAAGAAUCAAGCGAGAGCGAGAGUGAGAAUAGUGACAGUGAUGAGGUCAACGACAGGCAUGUUGCAAAACGGCAGCGCCGGGUCUGAGGAGGCCUAUUCCACCAACGAGGACCACUGUAUCGAGUAAAAUGACCUCGGGAAGGACGAAAUCCGCAUGAAAUGGACGGUGUUUGUGGGAAGGGUAAACGGAGAUUCCUCGUAUUCAUAGAGACGUUGCCUACUGACACGUACAGUUUGAUUGCCUACUUCGAGUGCAUCCUGUUUCACGAA